AUGCGAUUUACGAUAACAGAUCGAGAUGUAGGAAAACUUUCCGCCAUCAAAAUACAACUGGUACAAACCGGAGUUUAUCAAGACUAUUGGUGGCUAAGCCAGGUGAGAGAAAUUGAAACCAAGUUACAUCCCGCUAUAAACUUCAUCAGCCCUCUUUUCUCCCUAAACUAAAAGAACAAUGAUUUCUUUAAGUGUAGAAAGGAAAGUAUGUAGUGUAUUCUACCUGCCUCCUGUCCCUGGUAGACAUGUCUCUCCCUCUCUCCAGCCUUCCCCUGCCUAUAGAUCUAAAAUGGCUACCAGAGAAUUUCCGAAAGAAAUACUCUGCGCUUGCUCGCUAAGAAUAUGCCUGGUUUCACUUGUGACUACAUCCAUAUCUUUUAUUUAUUUUUCAGUUUCAGUUUUAUUCGGAGAGAUGGAAACAGGUCUCUGAUCUGCACAUAAAGAGGUGUUGAUACUCCUGUUACAAUGUAUUUUCAAUUUCUGUUUCUGCAGAUUUAUGUUGUUACGUCUCGGCAACGUUACCAAUUUUCUUACAACAAAGAAGUAAAAUACCAAUGGAAUACCAUUUCUUGUGAGUAUUAUGAUUCAUAACUAUGUUAUAAGUGAUCAAAUUAUCAACAGGGAAUCUUCACCUAGAGGGCUUAGUCCUACAAUCGCUUACGCGGAAGUCCAUGCCAGGAGUCUAGAUUUCUCUGACGACUAGGUGUAUUAUUAAAGGGGGUAAGUUUCUAAAGGCACUGUGGUGCUGCGUCAGUGGGAGAGUAUAGCAGGUGAUUUAGUGUUAACAACUGAGUUGAAAACGAAAAUUGGCCCCCGUAAAGGGUAAAAAAGCCGACGUUUCGAGCGUUAGCCCUUCGUCAGAGCGAUCAGCCUAAUAUACUCUCUGAUGCUCAACCAAUAUGCUAUAGAGAGCUAUAUCCUAAGAAAAUCUUCGAUGGAAAUUCAGAGAAUCGCUAAGGGAAAAUAAAGUGUAUUUGCCCAGAACACAACAGCUUUACUUUCUGAGAGGUUGUGCACUAUCCGAGACCCUCCUUUCCUCAAUCAUUAUGUAACUUCAUCUCCUCAUGAUCCCUUUGUUCAUCCGUUGGUAAGAAUAAUAAUCAUGAUUGUGACAUUGAGAAUGAAUAGUGAUAGUAACUGUUAUGGUUGCGACGCUGAAAGCUGAAAGCGAGCCGCAAAUUUUGCUGAUAUGAAGCACCGGUGUUUUUCUAUCUUUUUCAGUGAACUGCAGAAAAGGUUUUAAGAAAGCACCCGAUGGGAAAUGUGUCGGUAAGUCCAGCUGACUGUAGGAUGAAAUUAAAAGAAUAAUCUCGAAAUUGCAAUUAUGAAAAAAUCUGAGGAACUAGAAACUGUUAAAAGCAGUAGUUUGUUUGUCAGUCAUCCUCUCGCUUAUUUCCCUUAAGCGGCGCGCCUCGAGUGAGAAAGUUUCCCCGUGCACCUUCAGGGGGUGGAUUGGGGUGAAGAGUCGACUUACUAACUGUUCAAACUAUCCAUAGUGUUUUGCAUUCCCCCCUUUUUUUCUUUUACCUUUUUUUUUCAAGACAUCGACGAAUGCAAGGAUUCUGGUGGCUGUGCAGACAAUGUUGCUACGUGUCAUAAUAACGUUGGCUCAUACACAUGUACCUGUCCUCUGGGCUACAGGACAAACUACGAAAACCGCUGUGAAGGUAACUCUGAAGAAUAUUUUCUAUAGUCCAUCUUUAUACACUGUCGGCGACAAUCGAUCCCCCAUCCGUGCGUACCCCUGAAAUCAUGUAACCCCCCUCAAAAUCCCCUAACCCUUCCCCCUAGGUGAAAAAUAAUGGCUUAAGUCCCCUAUCCUUUUUUGUGUGCUUGUAAAGAGAGUUCUAUCUUUUUUUCGAAUGUUCCUGUUGCGAUGUAUCUCCUCAUUCAGAUUUAAUUGAAUAUUUCUUUCAGAUGUAGAUGAAUGUAGAUCAAACAAAGGCGGCUGUGAUGAGUAUUGUAUAAACACUGUUGGCUCAUUUCACUGCGCAUGUCACCGCAGUGGCUUUCAAGUCGUCGAUGGUUACCGCUGUGCAGGUUGGUGCGCAUGGCAUCAGGCAAUGUCUCUGACAUCAGUAUCCAUAUUCUUCAUACUCUUUAGAUACUAGAUUCUUCAUACUCUUUAGGGCUAGAAACUCUUGAGGAUCUGAGGAUUAAUGGAGGAAAAAAACUCUAAUUGUUCCUAGAUGUGCAAUCAAUUUGAUCGAAAAUUUGUUUUUAUUCAAUAAUCAUUACCAUCAUAAAAAAUCGAUAUCGCUAUCAUUGUUGCCCUUUCAUCGUUAUCAGCAUUACUUUUGUAAUCUAUGGAAGAAACAUCUUUCCUGGGGAAAAAUUUAAAAUUAUAGAUUUCCGCUUUAGUAGAUUCGAGCUUUGUUUCUACAGGAAAUGUUGUAAAUGUCUGAAAAUGUGAGAGGUGCUACAAAAUUUAAAACUUUUCUUGUAAUUGCAUACAUUGUUUUGUUUUAAUUGUUUGUUCUAUCCCAUGAACAUUUUGUUAUACACUUCAAAUUCAUCUUUGUACUUUGUAUAAAUCAGAACUGAAGAUGACAGGAGAACUGUCGAAACAUGUUUUUAAAAAAUAUCGUAUAUUUUCUUAAAUUCGUCACUAUCAUUUACUUUUCCAGGUAAAUGACUUAAGAUCUCAUAGAUCUGAGCUUUGGUAAAUUUGAACUUUGUAUCUAAGGAAACAGUUUUUCAAAUAUACUGAUCUCCAAGUCAUCAAAUAAAGUUAUCAUUGUCGUCAUCUCUCCUUAGAUAUCGAUGAGUGUAGUGAGGGAAAGGACAAUUGCGACAAGACGACAACUACUUGUAGAAACUACCCUGGUGGUUUUCAGUGUAAAUGUAAACCAGGAUACGAGUGGAAGGAUUACUCAUCUUGUAAACGUAUGUGACUUUCUCCUGAAGACAUCAGGAGAAUAUGAGGGGAUAGAGAAGGAGCCUUCUUGUCCGUGAUUCAACGAUUUCACUUGAGCUAUUUAUAAAUGUCUCUCGGAAAAAAGUCUGUUCUCGGAGGCAUCCACACGAGUAAAACCGAUCUGAGUGUCAAGACCUUAAACGCGAGAGAUAACUUGGAUAAUGUAUUAGGGAAACAGACAUUCGUUUCUGUCUGAAAUUCAAAACAGUUUGCUAAAAUCGGCGUUUUCCUGUCAAUGUCGUACUUGCAUCAUUCUGUCUCUUAACUCGCUUUCGGAAACAUGCAUUUUCGAAGCAUGAUAUCAGUAUUCAUUGCAUUUGCAAUAGUCAUAAAAUUGGUGAAAUAUUUUUCCCAGUGUGUUAGGAAUUGUGCCUUUGUCUUUCCUGUUACCGUCCGUUUGCUGUUUAAUUUACUUCAAUCGUCAGAAUGUCGUUCUCCCCACUCUAUCAUUUUCCGAGUCCUUCAGCUCUAUUGCCAUAUCGUUAUUUACCUACAGUUGAUUCAUCAGUUUUUUACAUCACAAUUUUUAUCUUAGUAGUUCCAGCCUUUUUGUACAUUGUCCUUCAGGUAAGACGUGCUCCCACUUCAGCGCAGACAGAGAUUCUCGUAGUCAACUUCAUCCUGCAAAAUGCACACAAGAGGGACAAAAUAAAUACGAGGACACCUGCAAAGUUGUGUGCAAUCAUGGAAAUGUUCUGAAUAAGCCAGCGGCUGAGAGUACAACUUGCGGCAAAGAUGGGUUGUGGGUUCCUCAUCCAUCGUAUUGCAUAGGUAAGGGAGGUGAAGUUACAUUUACAACGCAAGAGAUGAUUUAACAUGCUUUGUCGUUAGGAAAUUAUGUAGCUACAUUUCAAUACAAUAGUCUUUUCAAGGAAACUCGACUGGGGCUAAUAAUUGCCUCAAAGAGAUAUCCUUAAAUAUCUGUUUGGAGGUUUGUGUGAAAACAUACACCUACAAGCUGAAGAGGAAAAUUUACAUAAUACAAUCGAUGAAGUUGUUCUUCGCUGAACUUUAACAGGAAGACCAUGUCCAUCAUUAAAAGACAUUCUAAAUGGUUCUGUGCAGGCCAGCUGCAAAAUAUAUCUUGAUGGCUCCACUCGUUAUGGAGGUCGAUGCUUUUACAGGUGUAAUUCCGGGUACGAUCUGAAGGGAGUCAGCUACAGGGACUGUCAGGCGAAUGGUAAAUGGAGUGGAACGGAACCGAUUUGUGAAAAACGGCAUCCGAGUAAGUUAUAUCAAUAUCACUUUAUUUCGGUUAAGGCUUUCUUGUUGUGUGGCCAUUUUUUCGAUUUAAAUUGCUAUUCCGAGCUUCCGAACGGUCUGGAAAUUAUCCCCGAUUAGGACUAGAUUCUUGUAGUUUCGCUGUGAAGCUGCUGUUCUAAUACUUCUGCUUCUGUUGUAUGAGGCGACAUGGAGUGCAUGCCACUGAUGAUCUGCAGCCCUUUACAUUUCACUGUCAUUUUGCCAGUUUCCUAAGUAAAGAAGGGCACCGUUGGAGAGAAGUACGUGUCCUACCCGGGAAAAAAAACACCGUGAAGUCUAAAAAACACUCUGAUAAUUGGGUCGUUGCGUCUCUCAAAAUAAAUGUUUGUAUUAAUUAUCACUGUGGCUCUUUUUCCCAUAAUCCCUUCUUCCAGCACCGUAUAUCACGUGUCCUUCUGACAUUAAUGUGAUUCUAAAGCCGGGGAUGAGCACAGCGGAUGUCAGUGAUCAGUGGAAAAUCCCCACAGCUAACGUUAAGAACGUCACUGCUGUUGAACCUCCUGGUGUAAGCAGCAGCUACCGAUUCCCGUUCGGCAGCACGAUUGUCAGGUGGGCAGCGGUGAACGAAAUCGGUCAAGCGAAAUUUUGCACAGUGUUUGUGGAUGUGAAAGGUGCAUUAUCGUUUUUGUUCUUCAGUAAUUUCUUCAUAGUAUUCGUUGUUAAAAUAUACUUCCCCAAGGUGGUGUAUACUUUAGAUCACACAUUCUUCCUAAAAAAAGGUUUUGGUCGAAAGUACUGCAUUAAGGUUGAGGUAGAAUUUGCAGCGUUAUUCCUAUAUAGGAAGGAAAACUGGAGAUCCAGGCAAAAAAUCCCCUAGGCAAAGGAGAGGAAGAACUGAAAACGCAACGUUGCCAGCGUAGUUAUGAACUUAAUAUUACGAAGUUUUUCGAACAGGAAUAUUUGAGCAAGAAACUAGCUACAAAGGUAAAUAGAUAAAGUUUUGCUCCAUGCUUCUCUCCAUGAUCACAGCUUCUAAAACUGUCUCGUUUGUUUAUAUUCCCCUGCGUUUUCUUAAGACAAUGAAAAACCCAAGGUUGUCUUCUGUCCAGAGAAGAUCUACAAAGUGUCCUACAGCACCUCUCAAGUGUGGGUAAACAUCUCAAGACCGGUCUUCACUGAUAAUGUUGGUAUUGUCAGAUACAUUCCUCCUCUCAUUGACGGCAAGUCUUUGUCAAGAACAAGUGGCUAUCACAUGACUUUCACUGCUGUUGACGCCAGUGGAAAUUCAGCGGAUUGUAAAAUCAUCCUGUAUGUCGGAGGUAAGAACACAGGUUGUAAGACAUAGGAGACAAUGAUCAUAAGUGGUUGAAACUGAUGUUAUAUUAAGAGACUCCACGUUUUACUUUUAUUUUAUUUGCCAUUACUUACAAAAUUACAAAAUUUUACUGCAAAUGGUAAACAGGCAAAGAAAAAAAAAACAGAUCGAUGGCGAGAAAACCUAAAAUAACCAUCAGUGCAUGUAAGUAGUACGAGAUGAAUAACUUAGACAACAGAUAUUGUAAAUAACGAGUUGACAAUCCACAUAAUAGUCCGUAAUGUUGAAAAUAUAUAUAUUUUAAGUUUUUGUGUUGCGAAAGAUAGAGUGUGUAAUCUCAGGAGUAAGAGAAUCGAGAAACUUUGGACCUUGAUAGAAAAAUGAAAACCGCUGAACAGUUGUUCUACAUCGUGGCCGACGAAAUUAGGUUGGGUGCCCUGUGCUUUUUUUUUUUCCUUCAUGAAUAGUUUUUAAGGGGGGAUACAUUUUCGAGUAAGAUUUUCUGAGAAUACUGUUGCAUGCGCCUUUUAAGUUGCUUGAACAAUUUGCUGGAGACUGAGUUAAAGUCGCUAUACACAACUUUUUACCCCAUUGUUCUGGAAUUACUGGUAUUUUUCUUCCAGCCAUGGUUGGUUUUUUUUUUCCUAAACAGAUGACGUUAUUCAACUCGAAUGUAAUAAAUCGUUAGUGUAUAUUUUGGACAAAAUUUUUUAUGGUGAAUGUAUCGUUAUUUCUUCAUAGUAGAAAGAUAGUAGAGAAAAGGAUGGUGGUUUUUGUCUGAAAGUCUAUUUUUCCCACGCAGGAGAACGAUGCCAAUUGCCCCCUGAAAGCGACCCCCCUAGUGGUUCAUUGACGUGCUAUUGGCUACCGGGCGGGACCACCCGAUAUUGUAUAAGAACGUGCCCUCAGGGCGAAAAGCCUUUUGGUGUCUAUUCUUGGUGGACUUGUGGAAAAUCUGAUGGAAAAUGGAAAAGUUAUCCUCAAUCGUUACCAGUUCCACAGUGUGUUGGUAAGCAGUGUUAAGUUUAUUUACCAAACAAUAGUUAAGAACCUCGAUUGAGGAGUAUCCUAAAACCCAAUCAUAUCGUUAAUAGAUAACACAAAGUGCCGAUCAGAACUCAGAAUUUAAAAAGUUAAUCAAGUGACCGCAAUGCGGGGAAAAGAAGAGUGACCAAUUCGUAUUUGGUUGCAGUUUUAAUUUUGUCAAAUAAUCAUAAAUGAAGAAUGAAACUUAUAACCCUAAGUAAAAGAAACUUUUUUGCCUUGUUUGGUAACAUUCCACAAACUUAGUCAUGUAAACAAGCAAUCUUUUUUUUGCUUCACUUUCUGUUAGGUUACAAGGAGGUCAAUACCAGUCUUCCAUGUGACGUUGGUAGCAUUCGGAAUUCGUCGUUUGGCUCAGGCUGCUGUAAGUUGAUUUAUUUCGCGUGCUGUGAAGUUUUGAAGAUGUUAAUUUAGAUAAGAAACAUUUAUACUCAGGUAUUUACCUCAGUCUCUGGUUUUGGUCCACGCACAACUCACAACUCCUCGAUUCGCUCUGAUGAUGGACUAAUGCUCGAAACUUCAGCUUUAGAACCAGAUCUUAGUAUACUAAUUACGUGAGACUGGAAAUAUUUUCUUAAGCUUCACACUAUUUCUUACAUAUUGUUACAGAUGAAUGCCCACCAGGGACGUAUGACAAAAAUGGCGCCUGUGAAGCAUGCACAGAAGGCACGUUUCAGGAUAAAACUGGGCAGACAGACUGUAAGGCAUGUCCUUCAGGGACACAAUCAGGAAAAGGAGCAUACAAGUGUCGACGUGAGUGAUAAAAAUAACACGAACCUCUGCUAUCUGCAAACCAGUCGGAGAUGGUGCUUUCAUUUUGAAUUUUCUUGAAAUCACCAUUUUGCAACGAGCUAAUGAGAACCGACUCCGAAAGUGAGAACUUGCAAACGGCUUUAGCGUGGGAAAACGCGGGUGGGAAAACUACCUUUUGCUUUGGUUUAAUAUAUUUUAUCGGUUGAGAUGGUGCUGCAAGUUUUCUGAAUCAUUUCUGGCAAAAGUUUAACUUUUCUUUGAAACAUAUUAACGUUCUGUAACAUUUUCAGUAAGUUUCUCAAUCACACAAGAUGAGCCGGCCUGAGCUAAAAAAAAAAAAAAAAAAUAAUAAUAAAAGGUUCCUGACUUUUUGUGUCCUAAAAAUUAAUCCAUUAGUUAUUUGUCCUCCUGGUCGAUAUUCCAAGGAUGGACUUGGCCCAUUCUGUAAAUUUUGUUCCAAUGGAACAUACCAAGACAAACCACAGCGGACAAGUUGCUUGCCUUGUCCACAGGGAACCUACACGCUGCAUAUUGGAGCUACGUUUUGUGGAAGUAAGUUACAAGAAUCACAAGUCACAAUACAAUUAAAUCUUCCCACAACCUUAGUCUUCGUUGACAGGCGGGGUCAGGACAAGUGUAUAUCAGGGCACGGGGUGGGGUGAGUGAAUGGGGAUGGGAAAGAGGGGGCACAGGGUGGGGUGGGUGAAUGGGGGUGGGAAGGGGGGGGAAAGGGUGGGGUGAGUGAAUGGGGGUUGAAAGGGGGGGUUGUAAGCGCAUCCUUUAAGAACCCACCAUUUCUCCAAAUGGUUAUAUAGUGAUGAAAGAAAUACGAAUGCGAUGAAAAAAAUUCCUGAUAAAAUAUGGAUUACUUAUAUUUCUGUCAGUUAUAAUUGAGAGAUAUCAUUAAUUACAAUCUCUUUGGAUAAAGGACACGCUGUCUUUUUUUCUGCUUAUUUCUUCAUAAAAACUUUGCAUUGGAAUGAAAAAAAAUUGCUCCAUGAUAUUUGUCUGAACAAUUAACCCACAGGGUCUCCCAAAAUCACAAAACUUGAGCCAGGAGACGUUGCUUCAGUAAGUGUGGGCGGGACUGUGGUGUUGAAAUGUUUCUCAGAUGGAGAACCCAGGCCUUCUGUUUAUUGGAAAUACUCAGUCAAUGGUAAAGGUAAGUUGCUGAGAAGUAUUGAAAUCCUUUCAUGAGCCUCCUUAAAAAGAAACAACAUUUUUCCUAACCUCUGAAAUUCAAGUUUCCCACAUAAUUUUGCACACUGCUGUGACAAACAUGAACAAAGGAUGACGCGUUUUGCACCAAUUUGCAUACGUAACGUCAAGUUCAUAAAUGCGAAAUACACUUUCCUUUCGUCUUAUUCAUCAUAGCAUUGUGUCUUUCAUUUGCCGUGUUUUUUUAAGAAGACUCCUUAUGAACAUUUGCUGGUGUAGAUGAAUCCAUAAGAAAUGAAAGUUGACACGGAGACCUGUUUUCCUCAACAUGUGUAUUUGAUAAAAAUUUUCUUUGUUCACGAGUUUUGUUGGGAUAGAUGCUUCUUUAAAGUGAGUCUCUCGCCAAUUCAGGUCACAUAAAGGUUCCCUUCAUUAGCAAAGCUAGACAAUGGUGAUAGAUAAUUCCUCAUCCCCUACAACUAACUAAUAGUGAAGAUGGCAAUUGCAUACCGUAGGUUCCAAAACUCAAGCCCCAAUCAAAGACAAGAACGGUAAUCCCAUAGGAACACAGCUGACCAUCGGAAAUGCAGACUCAUCAGAUAGCGGAAGCUACUCUUGCAUGUCAGCUAACACACAUGGUGAAGUGACUCGUGCUGCUCAACUCACUGUUACAAAAUCAUCUGUUAGGAGAGAAACAACACGAAAGAAAGGUAAGGUUAAGCAAGCCUAACGGUUAAUAUGCAUUAGAAACAGGAUACUAUCGCUUACCUCUAUAAAUUAUUCAAUUUUGGCAGCUGAAUUUACAAGUUCAUCCAAGCCCUAUAUCGCAGCUCCCUAAAUGGUUAACGGUAUAACUGAUACUUAACGUCUUUUUAAUCAGCAUUCUUAUUACGUUAGUUCAGUAGCGAAAGAUACUCUUACACGUUAAUUUCAAAACAUCCCUCCACUUCUGCUACUGUGAGAAUGAAAAGCUUUCCAAAUUGAACUGAACAAGAUUCAGUAACGCCGCAAUGUUAAAUUCAUAUUUCACCCUUUUUUUUAGUUAUUCAAAUUUCAGUUAAAUAUUCUUUCUAACAAAUAUUACCACUGAUUUACUUUUAAAUUAAACGCAAUCUUUUCGUUAAAAUUUUCUCUGACAUUUUCAGAUAUGGCAAAUGACGUCUUGUUUCCGAGGGCUGUAGGUAAGUGUAAUAACACCAAGAAGCUACUGUUUACGACUGAUGAGGGUUUAUUUUGCUAAGUUAGACGCUUAAAGAAAUCGCCUGAAGUAUGUGAAUUUAGUUUUGUUCAUCUCAGCAAGUUACUAGGCUAAUGACAUUAACUACGUUGUUCUUUUAAGCCAUUUGAUGAGGUGUAAGUAUCGUUUCAAAUGGAAAUGGCUGAGAGUGUUUAGACUGCUGAUAAAAUAGGAAAAAAGUACAGUUGGCGUCAGCUAAAAUAUGGAAAUGUUCAGGCUUUGUUCCUCUACAUUCUUUGAAGAAUUUUUUGUGCGCCACUUUGGCAAAAAAUGGUAAAACCACUGAAGAUCAAUGAACAUAAAGCGUAUUCGGCUGAUUCGCUUCGAGCGGUAAGACAAUUUUGAUUUUAACCUGAUUAGAGGUGUGAAUCAACUUUCUUUUUUCUUCGAUCACAGACCAAAAAUGUCGGAUGAGUUUCAACCGCCCUUGGACAAUUUCGAUUUACGUUGAUAGGAUUACAUUUUUCCAAUCCACCAUCACCACUGUUUUGCACCCCUCCCCACCCCACCAUCCUAUUUUCGUUGAUAUUCACUGUUUUGUUUUGCACCCCACCAUCCCCCACCACCCCCCUCCCCACCAUCCAAUUCACCACUGUUUUGCACCUCUCUGCACCCCACCAUCCAAUUCACCACCACUUCUCCCCACCCCACCACCAUCCACUGUUUUGCGCCCUCCUCCCACCCCACCCACCACUGUUUUGCACCCCUCCCCCCCCCCAUCCAUCCUAUUCACCCCACCAUCCUUUGACCACUGUUUUGCACCCCUCCCCACCCCACCAUCCUAUUCGCCACUGUUUUUGCCCCACCCCACCAUCCCAUUCACCACCAUCGACCCCACCAUCCUAUUGACCACUGUUUUGCACCUCUCCCCACCCCACCAUCCAAUUCACCACUGUUUUGCACCUCUCCCCACCCCACCAUCCAAUUCACCACUGUUUUGCACCUCUCCCCACCCCACCAUCCUAUUGACCACUGUUUUGCACCCCUCCCCACCCCACCAUCUUAUUGACCACUGUUUUGCACCCCUCCCCACUCCACCACCCUAUUCGCCUCUGUUUUGUACCUCUCCAACACCCCUACCAUUCUUUUUCGACAGAUCAGUGUCCCGCGGGUAAAUUCAGCGCGGACGGGUCAGGUCCUCUGUGCCGAGUCUGCCCAAAAGAUACUUACCAGGACCAACCUGGAGAGACCGCAUGUAAAAACUGUGAGCAUGGGACCAAGACGUUGCAAUUGGCUGCGACUUCUGCAGAGGCAUGUGGCGGUAAGAGACUAAUUUACUUGGACCAAUGUACUCGUGAAAAGACAGGUGCGUAUCAAUAAAAUAAGCGCAAACGGUAAUUUGGUAUUCAUCUUUUCAGUUUCCCCGGUGAUCACCAGCUUGAACUCCAGUGUAGACACGAAUAGUAGAGAAGCUGUGCUCGACUGUUAUGCGCAUGCCUCGCCAACCCCACUUGUCAGUUGGCAUUUUCUGGAGGAUGUUCCAAGUGAGUCGUACACAACGUUAAUGUUGCUUUUGAAUUUUUCCAAUCAAUUGAUCUGCUAUGUCAUUGCUGCAAAGCAUCCAUUACACAUGCGUUAGGUUUUUUUCUUGAGAGUUUUUAAUUUCAAAGAAACGAUAGUUUGCAGAUUAUUAUUUGCGUAUAUGGCAUUGGGCUAUGGUUCAACUCGUUAAAACUUUUUGAUAUGAAUUUGGUGAGGAAGUCUUCUUCCAUUUCAUCUUCUUUUUCCCUUUAUCGUAAAUAGUCUCCAUAAUUUUACAAAGCUGUCACUAUUACCAUUUUUGUAAAGGCUUUCAUCCUCAUCGCCAUUGAUAUUGAUAUCAUUUCAAACAAGUUCAUCAUCACUUGCACGACAACUAGUUAAUUUUUUUCGUACUUUCUUUCUUCGUUUGAAUCUUCGUUUAUUCCUUGACUGUUCUCUUGUUCGAACUGAAAUAUAUACAAUGGCUACUCUUGUCUUUCCAGGUGACUUCCUUGGUAUUCCCAAGCUCGUACAGCUAGUUAACAGUAAAGGACAACCAAUUGGUACUCGCAUGGUUAUAAGAGUAGUCACAGAACACAACACAGGGCGGUACGAGUGUACAGCGGUCAACCAAUUCGGCCAGGACAAGGAAACCCUUGACUUGAAAGUGUCGUGAUCGUGAUGUAUGUGUUUUUUAUGAAUUAUAAUAUACAUUGCGUGCGUCUGAUUGGCUGAAAACGAGUGCAUUUUUCAUGUAACUCGAGUGUAAAUUACAAAUAGUGCGCGCGCUGCCAAAAUUUCAUCUCUCUUUUUUGACUUUCUGUGAUGCGUUUUGCACGUAAGUUAUUAAUAAGUAAAAAUAUGAUUUCUCGGGCAUUUUGGUGUAAAAUAAGCACUUCUAUAUUUUUCAAAGACUACAAAUUUCACUCGCCCUAUGGGUUCGUGAAAUUUUGUUGUCUUUGAAAAAUUUACUCGUGUUUAUUAACACCAGAUCGGACUCGAAAUCAUGUUGUUACCUAUACUAAUAUUUAUCUGUUCACGAAAAUAUCUGUAAUAUCUAGCCAAAUGCGAGCACUGAAUUCAGCAUUUCGGUUGAAUUUUGUAUCAUUUUUCACUUACCGAAUGCUUGAAUUAGUGUUGUAAAUGUUUACCAAAACUGCACUACAUCACCGUUCACAUCAGUUGUUUCUACUGAGGCCUUAAUGGAGUCUUGAUGGUUUUUUUUCUAGGUGAUUUAACCAAACCCAUUUAAAGACGGAAACCACAAUAAACUUUUCUGUAUACAAACGUUGACGACUUCAACAAAGAAAUGGCGGGGAGAUUUUAAAUGCGCGAUGUGUAAUGAAGGGUGUGAUAAACUUCCACAAGAAAAAAAAAAUUAUUUAUUUAUUUUUUGAGGUUACAAUAAUCAAAGUUAAUAAAACAAAAUAAUACAUUGAAAAUUAACUGUAGACCUGCUAAAGGUGACCGUUAAACAAUUUCAUGUUUUCGUUUUUCUCUAGGUCAGUCAUGGUUACUGGAAAUUCCAAGAGCAACAACAGCGGU